AUGAACCAGUCAUUGCGACCGAAGACUUGCUCGAAAAAUUACAAAACAGCCGAACUGAAACUACAGAAAAUUAUUAACAAAAUCGACAGCUUAAAAUUGAACAAUUCUUACGUUUCCCGCCUCGAAGUUUCCAAGAGUGAUAAGACUGGUUUUGGUUUACUAAAAGCGAAAUCGUUAGUUUAUUUAUUGUCUAGUGUUGUCGUUACACUGGUGUCUCUCUUAAGUGCUCAAUGGAUUUCGCAUGAACUUAUUGGACAAACGAACUGUGUCUUGCAACUGCCGUCGUUCUCGAAGUCAGCAUUUCGUCCACCGGAGGACUGUUCAAUGUGCGCGAGGGUAAGCGAGGUGGUCCGUCUCGCAAACACCACCGCUGAAGAGUUCGAGAAAUACGCAUACAGCACUACACCUGUUAUUGUCACUGAUGCUGCCAAACACUGGAAGGCUCUGAAAGAAUUCAACUUCAAUUUCUUCGCUAACUUCUACAACAGAGACAAAAUGGGGAAACAAAUAAACGACUGCUUCUAUUUCGCGUACAAGUCUGGACUCAACUCUCUGCAAGAAGUUUUUGACAUGGACGAAGCUAGAGCCAACCUGUCAGGCGAACCCUGGUAUGUAGGGUGGAGUACUUGCUACGAUGAGGAGACGAGGCUGCUGAGAUCCUACUAUAAUCGGCCGUAUUUCCUGCCCAAAACAGCUGAAAGUGAUAUGGUAGACUGGAUAUUUAUGGGAGGACCUGGACAGGGGGCGCAUAUGCAUGUGGACUCAGUGAAGCACAUGUCCUGGCAGGCGCAGGUGCGCGGACGCAAGGAGUGGCAGCUGGCCCCGCCGCCGGAGUGCCUCUACAAAUGCACAUGGAUCACCUUUACAGUCUCGCCUGGAGAAAUAUUGGUAGUGGACACGAAUCGCUGGUACCAUAAGACGAAUGUCCUCCCCGGCGAUAUCAGCAUCACCAUUGGUGCCGAAUAUGACUAG